AUGAAGCUGCAUAAGCAGCAGCGCGCGUCGGCAACAGAGGCAUGCGGUGACGACGCGGCCAAUGUGCAGUACUGCGACCCUUUGGACACCGGCCCAGCCACCGCGGCUCUGCGGCUGCUGAGGGCCGAAGAGCAGCGCAACAAGUGCUCCCCUCCGGCACACGCCACCCCUGCUGCAGAGAGGCAGCCGUCCGCCGAGGAGGUAGCCCGCCAGCGGCACAUCUACGAGACGGCGUUUGAUUUGCGUGUGAAGCAGCGAGUUCCGGACCAAGGCUUGGACCGAAUGGUCCAGAGCCCUGUCCUACUCCUCCCUGGGCUACAGGAGCAGCCGCGUGCAGGCCCCCUCCACCCGGUGUCAUCGUCGUCCUCGUCUUCGGGUGUGUCAGUUGUGACAGGUCACAGGGGUGCCAUCACAGGACAGCCCUCACUGCGGCAUUCCUGUUGCCCAGACCACCACCGCACCAGGGGAGUGGUGAUGGCACUUCGGCAUCUUCCGGUGUUCAGCAGCGUACACUGUACCCGUGUGCCGUGCUGCCCCGCACUCUCCAUCGCGGUGGCACGCGGUAUCACCAGCGCGCAGCUCGCAGAGCUGCUGGCUGCCACAUUCUGCCCACCACCCGCAGUAUCGUCGAGGGCGACGGCGAUCCUGCAGCCCCAGCCCCACCCCAGGCGCGAGCUGAUGGCCCCGCAGCGCUACUUCCCGUCGACGGGCAUCCUGGCGGAGAUUGACGCACAGUGCGCGGCUGACUUCACUAUCGGUGAGCUGCGCGCGGUGCUGUCAGCACGGAAGCGCCGCUCUGCUCCCGGUUCCGACGGCAUCACCUACCAGAUGCUGCGGAACUUCGACAGCGGCCAACUUCAACUCCUGCUGGAUGCCUUCAACGAGGUCUGGCGGACUGGCACCAUUCCGAGCGAGUGGAGCGAGGCAGUGGUGGUGCCGCUGCUGAAAGCCGGCAAACCACCCAGCAACCCUGCCUCGUACAGGCCAGUCUCCCUCACGUCUGCUGCGGGCAAGGUGCUCGAGGCCAUGGCGCUUCGGCGCUUCGAAUGGAUUGCCGAGGCGCUCGACACCUUCGCGGCAGAGCAGAGCGGAUUCCGCCGACUUCGAGCCACCGCGGACUCCCUGGCCGAUGUCGUCGCUACACUCGAGGAGGCCAAGCACCGCGGGGACGCGAGCUACCUCGUUCUCCUCGACGUGGUGAGCGCCUUCGACCAGCUGCCGCACGCCACCAUCCUCGACGCGCUCCGUGCCAUGGGGAUCGCCGGGAGGAUGCUCCGCUACGUGGGGGCGUUCCUCAGUGGUCGUUCGAUGCGUGUGCGCGUGGGGGGAGUGCUCAGCCAGCCGCGCGCGGUCUCGACUGGUGUGCCGCAGAGCAGUGUGCUGAGCCCUUUCCUCUUCAACCUCGCGCUUGCGCGCAUCGGCGACUACAUCCCCCAGCUGCCGGAGUACGAGGUUCGUGUCGCGGUGUACGCGGACGACAUUGCCCUGUUCGCCGCUGGCCCAACCGAGCGGGGCAGGGCGGUGCGCAGGUGUGUGCAGUCUGCGCUGGAUGCGGUCGACGCGUACAUCUCCGGCAUCGGCCUUACCCUCUCGGCGGCAAAGACCGAGGCGCUGCUGGUUCACCCUCGCUACGGCGGCCGCUAUGAAGUCCCGCGUCUCACCCUUCGUGGGGCGAGCCUCCCGUGGCGACGGAGAGUACGGUACCUCGGCCUCCUGGUGGACCACCGGCUCAACUGGCAACCGCUUGUGGCGGCUCUUCGCAAGGGGACCAGACGGGUGGCGUGUGCAGCACGUUCCCUCAUGGCCCGCGGCCAGGGCUGCUCACCCACCCUGGCACUGCGGGUCUACAACUCGGUGGCCUCCGCGAGGGUGCUGUACGGCCUGCCGCUUGCUGACAUCCAUCCAUCAAAGUGGGAGGCACUGGACGCGGAUCACCGAGCCGUUGUUCGUCAACUCCUGUGCCUCCCACAGUCGUCGCAGGUGGGCGCCACUCUCGCUGAGGCUGGCGAGACUCCCGUCUCUCUCCGCGCUGUUGGCAGGGCGCUCAACACCAUCGAGCGCCUGCACCGAUCGCCGCACGGGGAGACGGCUGCGGUCAUCGAGGAGCAGCUCGCCGGCCGCGUGCUUGUUUACACGGACGGCUCUGUGCUCCGGGACGGCGCGGCUUCGGCUGCCUGCUUCGCCCCCGAGCUCUCGGCGCAGAGCCAAUGCCGUGUCUUGCACGCGGUGUCCUCCACGCAUGCCGAGCUGGCGGCCAUCGACCUGGCGGCCAAACUGCUGUAUCAGCGGCAAGUUGCACGGGCGGCCAUCCUGACCGACUCACGGGCGGCGCUCUGCUUGCUGGCCAGAGAGGACCACGGCCCCACGCUGAUCCAGCGGCUCCACCGUAAGCUGGACGGCGUGUGCGAGCUGGGAUGCGACCUCGUCUUCCAAUGGGUGCCCUCGCACGUUGGAUUGCCCGGGAACGAUGAAGCUGACCGGCUCGCAAAGGAGGCCCACACCUUGCCAGUGCCCCGGUCUCUACUGGUGACGCCUUUCGAUGUUGCUCGCCACACUGUUGCUGGCUACCUCCGGUCGUGGCACCCUGACCCACGCGUUGCCGCCGGCAGUCCCCCGAAGUUGCUGCCGCGCAGGGGCUUGGGCCGCCGUAAUCGCGCUCUGCUCCUGCGUCUCCGCAUCGGGUGCUGUCGGACGGCUGAGCGCGUGCACCGCUUGUCGGGACUCGGCUCGCCCUACUGCGACAGCUGCUCCGGUGUCGAAACCUUGGACCACGUUCUUCUGCAGUGCCCCGCGUACGCAGCGGAACGUGGCCCUCUUCUUGCCGCCUACCGUUGCCUCGGGAUCCCGUCCGACAGCGCACGGGGGCUCCUGUUUCCUGCGACGCAUCCCUCCAUCGCCAAGCGGGCCUACGCGGCUCUCCUUGAGUAUCUGGAGGAUACAAACCUGUGUCAGCGGCUCUAA